GCGUGGGUCCUCUCAGCAUGUUGUGCAGUAUCUAAUUGCUGAGUGUUUAAAUGAAAAAGACUGGUAAAAUGAAAUUCUUGACAGUUUAAUUUGUAAAUUUCCAUUGCAAUGGAUCCUUUUCACUUCAGAGAUUUGAAGGCGAAAAGAGUCAGUGCCCGCUUUCACGGCGUAAUCAGUGCGAAAUGUUUUCGAAAUGAACUGUACUACUGUGGGGGAGGGAAGCCAAGCAGUGUGAUGUGGGUCGCACGGGAGGGAAGGGCUAGUCGGGGUGUGAUGAAGGCUGCAGGCUGAAUUAAUUCAGUCUACUUCUUUCAUUAGAUAACCAUACAUUAUUGUGCAAUAAUAGAAUCGUUAAAUGCAUUUAAUAUUCGUGUACAGUGUAUUUUGCCAUCCUAGUGCACCGGCAGACGAAUCGCAAGUGAUGAUAAUCGAGUCACUUUUUUUUCGUUAAAAAAAGAUUCAUGUCGCAGAAACUAUGAAAGUACAGAUUUUAAUCUAAAGUGUUGUCUUCCAAGCAUUCAAGCAAGUGUUUUGUGAAAGCAUAUCUGCAGAAAGCGAGCCAAUUUACUGAUCAUGGCUUUUGUUAAGUGUUGUUUUGAUUCUGAGCUGCCAGACGUCGUAGAAUCUGUCAUUCAGAAAUGCACAGAUCCGGGCUGUUGUUGUGGGUGUUGUUCGGCAUUGCGGCCCCGUUACAAGAGAUUAGUGGACAAUAUUUUCCCGGUUACUCCUCAGGAUGGUUUAGUUAAAAGCAAUAUGGAAAAAUUGAUAUUUUAUUCCUUAUCGUCACCAGAAAAGCUAGAUCGUAUAGGAGAGUAUUUAUUUCAAAGAGCCUGUAGAGACAUCAAUAGGCGAAGAACAGGAUUUGUGGUGAUAGCUAUGGAGGCUAUGGAUCAGCUUCUGAAAGCAUGUCAUGCUCAGACUCUAAAUCUGUUUGUUGAAAGUUUUUUGAAAAUGGUUCAGAAGUUGUUAGAAUCCACAGAGCCUCAAUUACAAAUAUUGGCUACACAAUCGUUUGCUAACAUUGAAGAGGAUACACCGUCUUAUCAUCGCAGAUAUGAUUUUUUUGUCUCAAAAUUUUCAUCAAUGUGUCACAGUAAUCAUUGUGAUACUGACCUUCGUGACAAAAUAAGAUUAGCUGGAAUUGAAGGAUUGCAGGGAGUCGUCCGUAAAACUGUAUGUGAUGAUCUUGUAGAAAAUAUUUGGGCGCCAGUGCAUAUGGAUAAAAUUGUUCCUUCACUUCUCUAUAAUAUGCAAAAUGCAAGGUUUCAUGAAAAUGACGCUGAAACACCUGAACCUCCACAAGAAGAACGUGCUGAUCCUCCAACUCUUGCAGAAACAUGCAUGCGAGAAUUAGUUGGACGUGCAUCAUUUGGCCACAUACGUUGUGUAUUACGACCUGUCUUGAGGCAUCUAGACAAUCAUGAUUUAUGGGUUUCAAAUCAGUUUGCGAUUAGAACUUUCAAGAUAAUUAUGUUUUCAAUUCAGGCUCAAUACUCAUGUGUUGUUGUUGAAAUCCUUAUGGCGCACUUAGAUGAGAAUUCCAAAUCUAGUCCAAAAAUUCGAACAAGUAUAGCAGAUGUUCUGUCAAAAAUUAUUGCUAUUGCAGCUGGUGAAAGUGUUGGUCCAUCUGUUUUGGAAAUAAUAAACUCCCUUUUAAGUCACCUGCGUGUAUCGGUUACUCGAGAAGCGCCAUCUGAUGAUCCACAAGCUCAGCGAGAUGAAAAAUUAUACCAAGAAGGUUUGAUUAAUGCAUUGGGUGAAUUUGCCAAUCACUUACCAGAUUAUCAAAAAAUAGAGAUUAUGAUGUUCAUUAUGAGCAAAGUUCCUUUCCCUGCUCUUGAUCAUUUGCGAUUCAAUGGUGCAGGAGAUGUUUUACUUCAGAGCAUUUUACUCAAGUCACUUUUGAAGGUUGGCACAACGUAUCAAACAAGUCAUUUCAAUAAAACCUUCCCAAUGUCAUUUUUGGAACCACUUUUGAGAAUGUCUGUUGCUGCAGACCCAGAUAUGCGAUUACUGGUUCAAAAAAUUCUACAUACACUUAUUGAUCGUCACAAUAACUUGGAAAAACUUCUAAAGCCUUCAGUUAAUAUACCAGAACUAGAACUUGUACUUGAAAAGAGUUCACGACCUGAUAUCAUUUUCAUCCGGAAGCAUGGACCUGAUAUUUACCUGAGUCUUUAUGAGAGUUUGGAACAAGCAAAUAACACUGUUGAGAAUAUUGAAGCAGUAUACACCACACUAGCAUUGUUAUGUGUAGAACUAGCAUCUGAAGAAACUGUUACAGAUUUACUGCGUCUUGUUAUAAGCAUGCAGGAUAUGGCUCUUACAAAUGGCUCUUUAUCUUCUGCUCAAAAGUUUAAUCUUCAUGCAGUGGUGGCCAGUCUUCUGAUUUUAAUUCCUAAUGUAGUUCCAAUAUCUGCACUUCUGGAAUAUGCUGAAAAGAAUGAUGUUUUGCAAAACAAAUUGAAUGAAAUCUUCAGCAAACUUUCAACAGGCCUGUCAGAUGGCAUACGUGCUCCUUCCACACCUACUCCAAGCACCAAGCAAGAGAAUGAUGGUUUGCGAACCAAUCCACCAGCAUAUGAAGUACUUUUCCCUGAACUUUUUGUGUAUUAGGUGAGAAUUUAACUAAUAUUUCUUUUGUGUUAUGGCAUUUUUGUAUAUACAUUGUAUUAAUGUAUUGGCAUAUAUUGUGCCAUGUUUGAUGGUUUUCAUGUACCCCAUGUAUAUGUCUUGAAAUGUAUGUAUAGUUCGAAAAAGCAAUGAAACAAAGUUGUGAAUAACACAAGGUUUUAUGAGUUAAUGCUUUUUGGAUUAUAACAAUACUGUAGAAAGUAUAUGUGAUUGUAGAAUAAUGUUGAUAAAUUUCAGAAACAAGAAAAAUACCUACAUAUUAAAAUUGUUGAGUAGUGAAUAAGAAUGCACAUUUGUUUCUCAAGUCAAUUGAAGUUACUAAAUUGUUAUUGAAAUUACCAAACUUGCCAUCCAUUGCAAGACAGUGCAUAUUAGCGUUAACCCACUUUAAAAGUGUACCCAAUUUUGAAAAUUAUUUUUAGAGAAUAUCAUUCAUAUACAAUGUAUUUUAUUGUUCUUGCAUAAAAACAAGGAGGGAAAUAUAUAUCCUUCACAAAAUUAUUCAUUUUGUAUGUUUGUCAUAAAUUUUAAGUUAUAUGGUAGAAAAGAUUUCCUCUAAAACCCUUUCAGAUUCAGUCAUUAAGUACAUACUGGUCCAGAAAUGUGGAUAACUGGUUCUUUUCUCUCGGAACCAUUUUUAUUCUUAUUUUUUUAAAAAUGUACUAUUCAAUUUACAAAAUUUAUUUUUAUUCCUUCCUUCACAUAGUUUAUCAUAUAAACCAAAAUUAUCUUUCAUUUAUUUAGUGUCUUAUGCUAUCUUCCAAUUACCUUCCAUAAACCCCACCAUCUGCAAUUUCCUACAAGGUUAGUCACAGCAAACAUUGGGUGUAUGUUAAUUAGGUUUGCCUAUUAUUGUUACAUAAAUGCAAAAGUAAAGAUCAGGUCAGUAACGUGAAGUUACACUGCCACAAAUCUACAAUUUGUAAGAUGAACCAAACAAUGUGAUCUAGGCUCUGUUGCAGUUUGGGAUUCAAAUUGUUUAUAUAUUUGAUAUCAAGAUUUACCAAGAAUAUU